AUGAGCGCUCUUAGAUGGGGAAAAUGCUGCUGUGGAUUCUGGCUUUAUAUUGCCUUAAAUAUGUGUUUCCUCAGUCCUUGCUUCCAAAGAGAACGUGCGUUUUUCAAGUAAGCCACAAAAACAACGGAGGACACUCAUCUGCUGGUAAUGUGAGUGGGUCCCUGCAGAUCUGUGAGAACACCCGCUGCUGCAUGGCUAUCUAUCGGAUGAUAAACGGCCAACCACAGGUGGACACUCUCGCUUGCGGUAAAGUGGAAACCUUAUGUCCAGAUGCAACCUGCAAGGUACAACCACGCCUUCAAAAUCGCUUCAUAGGAUGUGUGUGUGGAACAGAUCUCUGCAACAGUAACUUCACGUGGACUCCAGAUUCAGAGCAGCAUUCACUCACUGACUCCUACUCUGCAGCUGACAUCUCGAAGAUUGUUGUGUUGGUGAUGUUUCCAAUACUCGCCUUUGCACUCGCUGCUAAGUGGAUUUAUCUCUACAAAAAGAAAGAGAAAAAUCUGCUGUCUGUUCUUCCUAAUGACAACAUCCUGCAACCAUGCUCUUGUCAAACAAAGUCUUCAGAGAGUUACAUUACGAACAUCGAACUGCAGCAGGUUGUGGGACAAGGACACUUUGCCACAGUUUUUAAAGGGAACUACACAGAAACUGCAGUGGCUGUGAAAGUGUAUCCUGCAGGGUGGAAAGAUAAAUUCACAACAGAAAAGGACAUUUAUGAAUUACCACUGAUGAGGCAUGCUGGGAUUGCUCACUUCCUGGGUGCGGGGAGGAAUCCAAGAGACAGAAGCUGGUUUGUUGUGGUCGAGUUUGCAGAACAUGGUUCUCUUCACUCCUUUCUGUGUGAAAACACCCUCAGCUGGAUGCAGGCACAGAACAUGUGUCUGUCCUUGUCCCAAGGACUUUCCUAUCUCCACUCUGACCUCCACAGCCAGGAUGUGCACAAACCUGCUGUGGCCCAUAGAGACCUGAGCAGCUUCAAUGUCCUGGUGAGAGCAGAUGGUAGCUGCGCUCUCUGUGACUUUGGAUGCUCCACUAUUCUGCGUUCUUGCUCAGGGCCAUGGGUCAUGAGACAAGCCACAAACACAAAGGGUUAUGCCCAGCUUGGUACUCCCCACUACAUGUCUCCUGAGAUCCUGGAGGGCUCCGUAAACCUGAACAACAGCUCCUUCCUGCUGCAGGCCGACAUCUACGCCUUGAGUUUGAUAUUGUGGGAAAUAUGGAUGCGCUGCUCUGAUUUAUCAAAGGGUGGCACCGUUCCACAGCAUCUUUUGCCGUAUGAACUGGAGCUGGAAGGCAACGUGACGCUGGAGAGACUCAUCCUCUAUGUGUGUGAAAUGGACAGGAGACCUUCAAUCCCUGAACCCUGGGAGCUGCUGCCACAGGGAUCUGCAAUGAAGGAACUCCUGACGGAAUGUUGGGACCGGGACACAGAUGCCCGUUUAACAGCACACUGUGUUGUGGACAGAUUAGUGUCUCUCCAGGCUGAUUUAUCACCAUGAUUAUUAUUAUUAUUAUGCACAUAGUUUCAGUUGUAAAACGCAGCUGUACACUCUUUGUUUUCACUGUUUUUUUAAAUUCAAGUCAGGUAGUUAAAUGUUGAAGAACUGCACAUAAAGUAUAGUGACAUAUUCAGAUAGAGGCUACUCAAAAUAUACAUUUUCCUAGGUGGUAA